AUGCAAAUCUUUGUUCGUGGCCCUGCCAAUUUAUUGGCAUUCAAUAUUGAAAAAGACGAUACGUUACAAGAUGUUUAUGAAUGCAUUGCUCAAGAAUCUGGCUGUGUUCUAAAUGACAUUGUCUUGAGCUUACAUGGAGCACCAUUAAAUAAUGAGCAGUUAUUCGAAGAAUUCAAUCUUGUUCCAGGCUCAACUAUUGAUGCUCAUGUUAAAGUAUUAGGUGGAAAAACUCAUGGCCGACUUAAUAAUGCUGGCAAAGUUAAAAAUGCAACACCAAAAGUUGCUCCAACUGAAAAACCAAAAAAGAAAACUGGCCGUGCUCGUCGCCGAGAACAAUAUGCACACCGUUUUGCCAACAAAGUCGUUUCACCCUCUGGAGAUCGACGUGGACCCAAUUCAAACUAUUAA